AUGUCCUCAAUACCGGCUCUUGACGACUUGAAUCAGACUGUGAUUUACAUACCUUACGAGGAAGCAGACGAGGCGCUUGGAAAAGAAACAUUGGUUGGCAAAGAGAUGAGCGGCUUGAGGCAAGAAGGCUUGUCCUUCAGAGAACGAGAUCUACGCGGAGGAUAUGACAUUCGACUGAAGAUUUACAGAGAUGUUUGGCAAAAGUGCUUAAAUCGUGUUCAGAAUAUUUUGAACGCGAUUUACGAGCCUGUGGCAGACGAAAUUGUUCAACAAGUGGAAGCCGCGUAUCAUGAUGUCUUGCCAGGUCUCCCAUAUUCCGAGCUUCCAGUAAUAUCGAUUUCUGCACCGGCUUCUGGUUCGACAUUCGUCAACGAGGUUGCAAGGACAUUAGGAUGGCGGGAAUCAGGCGAAACUGAUAACGAAGAAGAGGCCACGCUCCCAGCAAACUAUGUCACUCAUAUUCGUCCAUCCGAUUGCACGAAUAUCAUGUCUGCUAUGAAAGCUUUGGUCACAGGCUUCAUAGACCGACCGCCAGGUGGAUUUGACGUAAAACGCAAGCCGACGACUUCAUUGGUCAACUGUGAUAUUGCCCUUUUGAACGCUUGGUACACUGUCAUUCGCGAAUGCCAUGAUAUAUCCGAGCCCUUGCCACAGCUAGUUGUUUUCAUGCACGACUUUGAACAGAUGGAUGACAUUGUUUUACAAGACCUUUUCUAUAUUUGCAGCCGUCAUAUUCCACAACUUCCUCUAGUCUUUGUUCUAUUGCUUUCAUCCCCGCCUUCUCCAUCCUAUCUGCAUUCGGCAUACCCGCGAUCUACUCUCUCCCUACUUCGCGUGCAAAAUUUCACUCUUCCUUCCGGUACCGAAGUCCUCGAGAAGGUAUUGAUGGAGACCUUUUUCGAUCCAAAAUUCGAAUCGGAUAUCAUUAUAGGCCCCACCGUUCUCGAAUUUCUCGCAGAUUUCUUCACCCGCCACAGCACUUUUGUUGACGGUGUGCUGACAAUACUGCAGGUAGCCUAUCUCAAACAUUUUGAAGAACCCCUGACCAUAUUCGCCCAGAAUACGCUCUUUGAAACAACUUCUCUUGAUCAUUCCAUUCAAAAGCUGGAAGAUCCGUCUUCGUUUCCAUUCGUCUCUCACUUGGUCUCUCGGUUCCUCAAUCGGUCUGUCAAACAUGGUUGGCCUAUCAAGGAAAUCUCUGUCCUUCUCGCGUCUGUCACCGAAGCUCAAAGAGGGCUCUCAUCCGCUUGGAGGACUUCGAGGUCUGCAUUCGCCAUCAUGCGAUUCGUACAGCGCACUCUACUAGAUAUGGGAUACCGCAGUGCAGAAUUAGGCCAUACCGUUUUCGAGGCAAUGGCUGCUGCAUUGCAGGGACAACUAUCUAGUGAGUCGAUGUAUCUGGGGGCGAUGAUUAAAAAACUUCACACGGAGAAGCUUCUAGUACUUUUGACAGAGCUUCAGACUUUCUUGCAAGAUAUUCCGUUGGACUUGCGUGAUCCUGUAAAUCAUUGCGUCACGGAUGCUUUACAAUCCCUUAAAUCAGGCGGCAAAAAUGUCGAUGCUUUUGCCACGGCUACUACGGUGGGCAGCUGGCUCACAAGAUAUUGGCAGUCCUCGAUAGUGAACCUUGAAGGUUUCGUGCUGUGGGAUGUAUGGUACAUGGGAUCUACACCAUAUCCUUUUGAGUUGAUCAACCCUUCACCUCAUGCUGCCGUUCUUUCCGGCCUCCAGAAUCCUUACGGCUAUAUCGAGGAUUCCUCCAAUGGUCCGCGACACACCAUUUGGGAGCUCCCAGAUGUCAGCAUUCUCUUCCGGCGUUACCUUGAAGCUGGUCGAAUGGUCAACGUGUAUGACUGGUUUGAGGCAUUUGCAGUCGUGCUAGAGACCCAGCGCAGACAUGCCCACAAAAGUCAGGGUAGAGAGGUUGACGAUAAAGCUAUCGAAGGACAGGAUGAAUGGAAAAUGCAUGUGCAGGCGCGGUUCAUCCGUGCAUUGCACACGCUGGACCUCCUGGGAUUUAUCAGGCAUACCGGUAGAAAGGCGGACCAUGUCAUGAGGACGACCUUCGAAGUUUCGGAUUAA